UGGAAGGUGGAGUUUACUUGUAACAAAACUCGGCAUUUGAUUCAAGGUUUAACGCUGUGUAAACACGCUUUUGAAGUUAAAAUUGGUGUCUAAUUCGCGACCACUAUUCCACGAUCUUUUAAAGUCGCUUGAAAUGAAGAUUUUCUCGAAUCCAGCGCUGAUUCUGGGUCUGUUUGUAUGGAUACCUGUUACGUAUUCGUUGUCUACAGAUGCACCUGAGGAUCAGGACACAUCAGGAGAUGAUGAGGAGUCCUCAGGGUCAGGUUUAGCAGAAUAUGAACCUGCCUGGAUUACGGAUGCCCCAGUGACACUUUCAGAACAGACCACCAAAAUACAGAUAAUCAUGAUAACCCCACAUGCCCCCUCCACUGUUUCUCAACCCAUGCUGACAACAACCCAACAAGUUAUUUCUGAACAUGAUGCUUGGCAGGAAGAAACUACAACUGUUAGUCUUAUGGUUGCAGAAGAGACCACCAGUGGAACAACGGUUUCAGUUGUUAAAGAAGAUAACAGACCAGCGGUUUCAAUCAAAGUCAAUGACAAAACAACUAGUGUUCCUCAUAUGGAGACAACACUUGUGCAGAAAACAAGUGUAGCUGAUGUGGUAAAUCCUGAACGUGAAGCUUCGGGUGAUGGUGCAAUGUCCACCACUCUUCUGACCACUACAGAGGGCCGAGAGCUCAUUCCUCCCAGUUUUGAAGACAACUAUAUUACAGAAGACAGGACAAAAGAUGAGAAUUCUGAGCUGGAUUCUGACUUUCACUUUGACAAUGAAAUUAUUCCCAGAAGAAUAGAGCCUGUGAAUGAUGCUGGAAUAGCACAAGGUGCCACAUCAGAGAAUGAGAGCUUACUAGAAAGGAAAGAAGUUCUCGCAGGUGUCAUAGCUGGUGGUUUGGUGGGUCUGAUUUUUGCCGUCAUGCUGGUGGCCCUAAUGAUCUAUAGGAUGAAGAAAAAGGAUGAGGGCAGCUAUGCAUUAGAAGAGCACAAACCUCCUAAAGGCUAUCAGAAACCUCACAAACAAGUGGAGUUCUUUGCAUAAAAGACUCUUAUUACCGACUGUCCUGCUCUCGUUCUAUUGCAAACACUAAACUUGAGUUGCAUUGGCUUUGUUACCCAUCCUUUUUAAAAAUCAAUUUCAUGUCCAAAUGAAUCUAUCAACCAAGGCAGGAAGCUUUACUCGGUUUGGGUUUGUUGCCCAUCUAGCCCAAAUGUGAAGACUCCUCUGCUUUUAUUUUAUAUGACCAACCCCAAUGUUUGUGCCAUUGUGACAGUGGGUAAAUCUUCCCUUAGUUCCUGUAACUCUUUUACUGCCUUGGGUAACUGAGAUGGCUGCCAAAGAGACUGGAAAAUUGAGGUUGCACUUGUUUUCUUUGUGGCAAGAUUGAGAAUUAAAAUAAUGUUUACUUUUUGCAUAGCAUUAAAUUAUGAUCAGCCCUCUUGCUGACUUAAUUGAUGCUUAUUUUUGUGAUUGUGGCCUUUUUUUUUUUUUUUUUUUUUUGUGCUCAGAAUAAAAAUACUAAUAAUAAUGGUAAUAAGAAGUUUUGCUAGUGAUGCCCACAAUGGUUACUUCUUAAUUUGCCUUUUAGUUUCUAUUAAACAUUUGUCUCAAGCUCUAAUCUUUUUUUUUUACUCACAUUGACAAAAUGUUUCAGUGUUUCUAAUUUGUAACCUAGAAAAAUCAUAGUUUGUUAGGGUUCUUAAAAUGAGUGUGGUGCACGCUUUAUUACCUCAAUUUGUAAAAAAAAAAAAUAUUUUCCUUGAAAUGGGCUAUAAUGUUAUUUGUUAAAGUAUUUUUUUUUCCCACUUGUUAGUAGUAAAAUGUUUCUUUCUUUCUUUUUUUUUUCUUUUUUUUUUUUUUUUUAAUGAGUGCUUCAUGUAUAUGUUUAUUAAAGGAAUAGUUAACCCAAAAAUGAAAAUUAUCUUAUCAUUUAUCGCUCACCCUCAUGCCACUCCAGAUGUGUAUGACUUUCUUUCUGCUGUUGGAACACAAAGAUUUUUAGAAGAAUAUUUCAGCUCUGUAUGUCCAUACAAUGCAAGUCAACAUAAUCCUAAACUUUGAAGCUAAAGAAAAGCACAAAGGCAGCAUAAAAGUUCUCAAUAUGACUCCAGAGGUUAAAACCAUGUCUUCAAAAGCAAUAUGAUGGUGUGGAUGAGAAACAGAUCAAUAUGUAUGUUCUUUUUAUUAUAAAUUCUCCUCCCUGCCCAGUGGGUGGCGAUAUGCAUGAAGAAUGUGAAUCACUAAAAACAAAAGAAGAACUGUGCUGAGAAGUGUGCUUAGGGGGGCUGUUUGAAAGUUGAGAUUUAUAGUAAAAAAAAAAAAAAAGGACUUUAAUAGUGAUCUGUUUAUAACCCACAUCUAUCAUAUUGCUUCUGAAGACAUGGGUUUAACCACUGGAGUCUUAUAGAUUACUUUGAAGCUCAAAAAGCAUAUGAAGGCAGCAUAAAAGUUUUGGACCCUGUUCACUUGCAUUGUAUGGACCUACAGAGCUGAGAUAUUCUUCUAAAAACCUUCUAUGACUUACUUAAAAAGUAAGUCAUACAUAUCUGGGAUGGCAUGAGGGUGAGUAAAUGAGACAAUUUUCAUUUUUUGGGGUGAGCCAUUCCUUUUAGACUAGUUGCAUGUUAUGUUUUUAAAUGAUUAAAUAAUAGGUUAUAAGCAGAGAAGAAAUGCUUUUUUCAAUUUAUGUUUAGCACCAAAAUUCUGCUGUUGUGUAAAGGUGUUUUUAUAUAUAUACCCUCAGUUAUUUCCAUUAUUUCUGUUAAUUCUUUUAAUGAUUUGAGUAGAAGUUGUGGAUCUUUAGAUUUCUUUAAAUGGCUUUGAAUGGGCUAAAUUCUGUUUCCAUAGUUGUAAACACUUGUGCCUUCAGUUUGUCUUUGCUUGAACCUGAACAGUCUCAUUUGUUGCUGCUGUAAACAAGACAAGCUGGCCACUAUGUUGAACAAAUCUAUUUAUUAUCUGGAUGUUUAAUUAAAACAAAGCCUCUCCAGUGUUUA